AUGGCUAUUGCGCCCGAUGGCUGCCCUGACUGCAGGCCCGGUGAGCCUAAUGGGCGCUGUCCGAAGCACAAGAAAUACAAUCCCGGUCGCAGCAGGCGCAAGAAGGACGUGAAGGAAAGACUUGCCCAUCUUUUCAAGACCGAGCAACCUCAGAACGACAUCAUGAAUCAGAGCAACACCAUGAGUCAGAGCAAUAUCAUGAGAAAGAAACAGAAGGAGACCAAAACUGUCGAAGAAACCAUCGAGGCUAUCACCGAGAGUGUUGACCCCUCAACCGUCAAGCGCUUUACCUCCUUAGAUGUAGAGGCAUUUCUCACGCCUACUAUCAAGGCUAUUGUCGGCUCUCUCACGAACCCAUCCACCACAGCUACCUCUUCAAGUACCCCCUCAGCUACAGAGCCACCUGUAUCGUCGGAGUCUCGUGCCGCUGCCGCUCCCCCUGGUGUACAGCCUGGUGCCCCUGACUUGAGUGCCACUGGCGCUCCUGUGUCUUCCGUGGAGCAGCUCGAUGAGGCCGCCGUCUCUGCUGCUGCUCAGCAGGCAGAAACCAGCAACACAUUGCCACCUGAGACCGGUGCCUCCAGUCCUGACGGGUCUAGCUCUAGUUUUGAUGACUCUGAUGAUGAAUCAGACUCUUCGGAUGAGUCUGACUAUGCCUACUCUGACUUUGGCGACGAAUCAGAUGACAGCUACGAGGAGGACACCGAUGCAGAAGAUGACGUUGAGGAGGAUGACGCCGAGAUGGUCGCUGUCGGUUCUGCCGAUCAAAACAAACAAACCAUCAUUAACCUUGAUCUUGAGCCUACUCUUGCAUCAAAGAAGAAACAGGAACUCUUUGAAAAGGAACAGGAGGAGGUGCUCGCUCAAAAACUGAUCAAUCUGUACAAGAAUGUUGCCCACAACAAUCCAUUGGGGGUGUUCGCUGAGUCUUGCCUGGACGUCGAAGAGAAGUUCCGCGAAGAGGCAGAACACUUACAAAUCUCCGUUGCAAAGGUGUCCAUGCUACGAGAUGUCCUCGUUCACGAGAUGUACCUCUACGAGUAUAUUGCUCUACAGCCCUCGUCUCCAUUGAUGAAGGGCCUGCCUUCAUGGUUGAAUGACAACACCAUUCACAAUAUGGUCGAUCUGGGCACUCGAGACAGUUCUGUUGAAGGAUCAGAAUUUCUUGACCCUACAGUUGUUGGAUUUGUCCUGCCACUGUCGACGCCUACUGCACAAACCCUCAUUCAACUCAACAACUAUGUCGAUAACAAGGUUACUGCGCCGUUCAAUCUCAAGGAGUCCACUACUCGCGUGGUUGCUGUCCUUGCAUUUCCAGGACAUUGGACGAUGUUUGGCAUCGACUCAAGCACCGAAACAAUCACCUUCGUCGAUAGUCUUCCCGCUCAUGUGCGGAGGCAAUACGCCAGGGAAAAUGUCGUGUGCCCGACGCCCGCCAAACAAGCAAAUCUCGACGACUGUGGAGUCUUCUCAGCCCACAAUGCCAUCAUGUACAUGAAUGGUCAGGAAUUCAAGCAGGCGCAUGAGCCGGCCGAGGCCCGAGAGUUUGCAAUCCGCACAAGAUGGAUGUUUCAAGAGAGAAUUCGUGGUCUUGCGCUAGGUACCGAAGGGCCGAACGACCGUUUCGAAGGCUCUUUCUCCGAGCGCGUUAUUGCUCCUGAUGUUACUGUCAUUGAACACGCUCAAGCUCGCACUGAUGCUCUUAGCAACCUGGUUCGUAAGGAGACGCCCGAUGAGAUCAAAAGAAGGCUCCCAAGGAGGAAAAAGCUACCCAAGGCUGGUAAACAAUAUGCUGGUCAGAUGGCCAAUGACAGACGACUCAGCAAGCGACAGAAGAGGAUUGUAUCUCCUGCUUCGUUCUUGCCCUCUUGCGUCAGUGGCAUUCGAGACCUCAUCUACAUACUUUUGUCAACUCCAGGAAACAUGACUGGUAUGACUGUUGAAGACAUGGAAGGACCAAUCCGUGGAAUGAUGGAGCGUCAGAAGUUUGCUGUUCCCGAGGCAUGGAACCUUGUACAACUUUUGCGAGUUAUCCUUGAUCGGCAAACACAUCAUUUCGAGCAACUCAAGGACGAAAGUGGCAAGUGGAUUGCCACAAGAAUCCCCGCUCGCCAACUGACUGGAAGGUACCUCAACGUGUUACGAAGCAAGAAGUGUAGUCCAACUCCAAGCCCUCUUGAGCAUCCAGCAAUGCUUCAUAUCUACCUUUCGCGGUUCAGUGGCGUUGUAAGCACGAUCCAGCUUGCAAAAUUGGAGAGGUCUUUCGACGCGCGCAUCAAGACGACCAAUGCUCUGUUUGGGGCUCAAAAACAACAACCAGAGACAAAUCUCUACACACAAGGAACCUUGCAGUACCCUAUGCAUAUCAAAUGCGCGUUGCCCAACGUCCAAGGCACCGACCUUCUCCGCGACAUGCUUGAAACGAACCAGGACUGCAUUGUGGCCCUCCAAGAACUGUCGGAUCAUGCUCAGAAGACCAGUCAAGACGAUCCGACAUUCCAUGGUCAAUUCACUUAUCGCAUCAUCGUUUCAGGACUGGAUGGUGGAUCUGUGAAUAAUGACAGUUGGCAAGACAUGAAGGAAACCUACCCUCGCCUGCGUGGGCAGCUCUUGAUCUGUGACGACAGAGGCAUCCCUGCCCCAGACGACCCCGUCGUAGUCCAGAAGCCGAUGCUGGAUUGGGCGACCCCUGCCUGUCUGCUUUCGAAAGCCGAGAGGAAGAAGGGUAAGCACAAGCACGUCGUUUGGGGCAUGUUCGAUAUGGCAAUGUUGGCCCAAGAGUGGACAAGAAGAAGUUGGGCAUCAAUUUCACGAGUUCCAGGUCCCAGCCACGCCAAGAUAGAGCAUGAUCAGCAACUCCUGGCAUGCAGGAAACUUCUGCUCUCCAACAGUCUCAUGUUUUAUUACAGGAUUGAUCGUUCCAUUGCGAUGACUCGCGUCACGGCCCAAUUCACAGACCCUGCAUUCGUCGAUGCUCAAACCACCAACGGGAAUGUUAGUUGGGGCCGAAACGAGUUCGUCGUCGAUCGAUGUGUCCCCGAACAGGAACCAUUUGCUCGAGUGUGUCGAUGGGGCAGCUCCCAUCAGCCUCUUGACACUUGGGCACUGAGUGACAGGCCGCCACAAGACGAUGAACCGCUUCUCGGUUUCUACUGCGACCAGCCUGCAUGCUACGUGCUUGAAAUCGAAGAAUGUAGGCACGCCGCAGCUAUGCUCUCAGUCACUCUGAACAAGACAUCCUUGGAUUUGCACGCUGAGAGCCGCACCCAAAAAUCCAAGGGUUCUAGUUCUGCCAGCAGCGGUUCAGCACAAGAUACCGACCCCAAAUACCUGUUCCUAUGUUCUCUAUGGCCUACGUCGAGUCUGAAUGAAAACCACGCCUUGCUCGAUCCAUUCAUGCAUACUCCUGAUGGCCAGCUUGUGAAGCGAUCUGAGGCCGAUCUGCAGCAGCUUUACGAGUCCGGAUCAAGCCUGGGAACCUUCCACAACUUCCGCAAAUCAUACGAUAAUCAUGUGCGUUACCAUGAGGAUCAGGACUUGGGCCGCACUAGGAGAAAAAAGAAGAAGAGCUCGACCCGAAGACCCGUCGCCUACGUCUCCAAUUGCACUUUGUGGCAUCAUUCGGUUCCUCAACCACAGCGGCAAAUUCUCGACCCCAUCAUUCACGAUACUGAGGGCAAUUUUGUUGAAAAUCCCAAAGAUGUCUUCAAGAAGCUUACGAAAACACACCCGGAGGUUUUCAAGGACCGCAGUAACCUUCAGAAAGGCGUGGAGAGACACGCAGAGGCUCACAAGGAGAAGGGGACCAUCAAGAAGUCCGAACAGCAUACCGCUUGCAAGUUGUGGUCCCUUGCGCUUCAGAAACACAAAAUCGACUUGCUAGACCCGUUGAUCCAUGAUGACAAGGGUUACUUUGUCGAGGUAUCUGAGACGGUCUUUAAACAGCUCCUCAAGGAUCAUCCACAGGCAUUUUGGGACCUCUCUAUCCUCAUGAAGAAUGUGGAAACCCACAAAAAGGCUCACGAGACGCGCGGGACUAUCGCUGCGCCAAAGCAACAAGACAGAGCCCUUUGCAAGUUGUGGAGUCGUCAGCCUGCAAUGGAGAGAAAACAGAUCCUGGACCCUCUGAUUCAUGAUGACGAGGGCAACUUUGUCAAGCGGCCUGAUAAACUCUUCCAAGAGCUUAUGGAGGAGCAUCCAGGAGUUUUCGAGCGACUUGAAAACAUGUUGACGCUCGUAGACACUCAUACAAAGGCUCACGAAAAGGCCGGGACUGUCGCAACAUCUGAGCAGCAGGUCGAUGAUUAUUGCACGUUAUGGAAUCGUGCCAUCCCUGAAGAAAGACUUGAGCUGUUGAACCCCUUGCUUCACGACGACGAGGGUAACUUUGUCGAGUGUUCUGAAGAGAACUUGAGGAAGCUCAUGAAGGAGAACCGUGGAGUAUUCAAUCAUCUCCAAGGCCUCUCUGCUAUGGUGAACAACCACAAGACGGCACACCUGACGAAGAGGAAGAAGCGUACGUCAAAGGGGUCGGGAAAAGCCUCAAGUUCGACUAAAGCCAAACCAGUUCUGCCUCAGGCUCAGCCGGAUCCCGCAUCGGCCUCUGUUCAGACUCCGACAAAGAAGAAAUUAAGCACCAACAAGGCUCUCAAAUCCUCGCCACUCACAGGACUCAGCGAGGAGUUGACCCUACCCACGCCCGGGAAGACAAUUACUCUACCCAUGACCCCGAAGAAGAACCGCCGACACUCGGACAGAAUUGCUGCCCUUGGGAAGAGCGACCUCAAGCUUGACAAAGGCACAGAAGAGGAAGACUCGGACGUCAAGAUGAAUUCGAGUGCAGACAGCAAUGAACAGAGCUCAGACGUAAAGAUGGAUUCGAGUGCUGAAAGCGACGAUGACUCCGAUUCCGAUGGCCCUGAUUCCGAUGACUUUCACAUGGGAGCAGUGGGUGCAAAGGCCCGGGGCCCUGCAAAACCCUCUACUGGUACGAAGUCGGCUCCUGAAGGCGCUAACACAAAACAAUCGACUCCCUCGCAGCAGCCUUCUGGGACAGCUGUGACUACUGCUCAGGACACACAAGACACGGAGCAGACUCAAUCACAGGGUCCUUGCAAGGAAUGGCACAUCAACAUUUCCACAAUGAGACGCGAUCUUCUCCAACCUAUUGUUCAUGACAGCUCGAACAAUUUUGUCGACCGGGGCGUUAAACCCUUCAAAGAGUUGAUGGCGAACAACCCACGUGUGUUCAACCGUUUGGACCAUCUUUUGGCUACCAUCUCAGCCCACAGAAAGGUACACGAAAAGAAGGGAACUUUGUCGGACAAACCUAUUCCUGCAGAAGAUCAUGAAGAAGAGCCUGGAAGUUCGUCUUGCAAGUUGUGGCAUCCUUCAACUCUGCAGACGAGAAUUGAUCUGCUCAACCCACGAGUUCAUGAUGCUUCUGGAAACUUCGUCGACCUCUCUGACGACGAUUUGCAAAAGCUCAUGGAUACAGGGUUGUUCAAGCGUUAUGAUCAAAUGAUGCAUCUGAUCAACGGCCAUCGCAAGGCCCAUGAGCAGGCUGGAACUCUGUCCAGCAGUCCUCAAAAGCUUGAGCAGGCAGAGGACAUCAGUUCUGCUGCUGAAGGAGCCGAUGAGCCGCAAGAACCACAACCUGAGUCUGUCCAAGUCAUGGAAGAGGAGAAUUGGAACCACUCGAACAACGAGAUGGAUUUGGAUGCUCCCGGCGACGAUGACUACGAUUCCGACCCAUACGGAGGAAUCCAAUAA